AUGGAGUUCAGUAUUAAUCGUCUGAAUAUUUCAGAGAGAUUCGACGUAGGUCAGAGUUACGUGAUGCACUACAACGACGGGGACGUGAUAACUUCGAACAUCACCGCGUUGGUCAACUACAUGUACGCGCACGUGAAGGACAUGGACAGUACCAAGGUGUGCAAGAAUAAGUUCGAUCCGAGGAGCUACCUCUACACGAACAUGGUCUGGGCGAAAUCGUACAGAAUAGGUUGCGGAAGCCUGCUCUACCGUACAGAUCUUCUGAAACUCACUUUGUAUUGCCUCUACGGACCGAAAGGUAACAUCCCUGGUAAACCGGUGUAUCAGACCCUGCACACGUAAGGACAUUGGACGAGAGUCAUCGACG